AGCGAGAGGCGUCAAUGCGAGUCACACGACACCCUUUCACCCGGUGAAAGAGAGAGUGAAAUCUGCUCUGUGUGCACGGACAGGUGAGUUGAAGCCAUUACCCAGUCUAACAACAGCAAAGUCCUAUUCAGAGAUGAUCCUUAUUCAGAGUUUAAAAAGCCGUCCGAGACCAGCAGCUCUCCCAUGUGAAAAUUAGGAUCCACAUAGCAAUGAAUGUGCAGGGUUUACGGCCUGUCCCACUGUUAUUCCGAUCCCAGUAAAUAAAAAGCCAGUGUGCCUGGUCAGGAUGCUUUGAGCAUCCGCGGCAGCUGACGUGACGCCCUCUACAACAAACUAAUGUUAGACAAGACCAGGGAACCAGGAAGUUAUACACCUGUAGCUGCUUCCCCAUUUACAUCACUUUUAAAACUUAGCGCGACCUCGACCAUUGCUGGUCUGUUUGUGGAGCGACUCAAGUGUCGAUAGUGAGGAAGAAGUGUUGUGAAGCCCCAUGAUGGCAGAGGCUGAGGGGGAAGCAGCGCCCAGUGAGGAGCAGCAGAAUCAGCUCCGCGCCUCUACCAGCGGCCCGGGGGACAAUCAACCUGCUGCGCGCACUGAGUGCACCGAGGAGCCGGCAGCGGCGGGCGGAGCGCCCCGCUCUCCGCCCUGCGCCUUCCCUGCGGAGUUAGCACCGGACCUGUUCAAAUUCAGGAAGUUCUUCGUGUUGAGGCCUGGCACUCUGAAUCAGGCCAUCAAAAACGUUGAAGCUCUGGUGAAUAAAGAAGUAGACGGCAGCAUUCUCAGCAUCUGGCUGAUGGCAGAGGUUGAUCACUGGAACAAUGAAAAGGAGCGUCUUGUUUUCAUCACAGACAACUCUCUCCUGGUCUUCAAGUACGACUUUGUCAUGUUCAACUGUGAUCAAUUACAGAGGAUCCCGCUGAACUGUGUGGACCGCAUCUCCCACGGCACCUUCAGCUUCCCAAAGCCCUCCCUUCUCCAGAGAGAAGGGGAGGGGGUGCGAGUCUUCUGGGACCGACUGAGAGAGCCUUCCUUCACCUCCAGGUGGAACCCCUUUGCCACUGACUUCCCUUUCAUCACCUUCACCUACCACCCUGUGAGGGACAUUGGUGACACAUUCGCUGCUCUCUGCGACAUCCAGAACUUUCGUGAGCAACUCAGGGAUGCAGCACAGAAAGUCCAUGCCAUGAAGCCAGUCCCUGGGAAGGCCAAUGGUGUCCUGGUCCUGAAUCAGCAGAUCCACAUCGACGUCUAUGUGGGCCUCAUGUCUUUCAUCGGGAACCAGAACAAACUGGGCUACUGCAUGGCUCGAGGAAACAUUGGCUUCUAAACUUUUCAACAUUAACAUAAUACUUCUGUUGUUGUUCAAAUUGUUUGCUCUAAAUUACAAAGCUCGUAUUCAAGUAGAUAGGUUUGUUUACAGAGAGUUCGUAAUUCUUGAAGGCUUGACCAAAGAUUUUUCCUUAUUCGGGUUUACUUUUGUUUCAUGUGGAAGCCUGGAUUCCCAGGAUGAAGUGUAUGAGGUUUAAACAACUUUGUGAUCUCCCCCUCUGCUUAUUACCAGUGUGUGGUGUCUGAGCACUCAGAAAUUUCCACAUUUCAACACCACUCUUCACUGGAUGACGGAUCCCUCGCUGCUCUCAGGGAGCUUUGUAUUUGCUUCUCAGUGAUAUGGUAAUUCAACUCUUUCGCAACGGGACUCCUUUCUUCCUCCCCCAGUGUCUCUGUUAAAAGCUCAUUCCCAUGCCGUUCAGCCCCUUAGAGAUUCACUGGAGCAUGGGGGGCACAUUUGUCAGUUUAUCAUUUGUAGUGUAUUUAUACAGUGCAUACAGUGCUGGAAUUUGUCCUUGAAUUGUGUGUUUACCGUGUGACGCUCUGCCUUGUUUAGUAUCAUCUGUUUGUUUUUUGAGCCACAGACAUGAAUAUAUAAGAUGACUUAUUUUGUUAUCUUUCAAUUUUAUUAAUAUGAAAAAUAUGCUGUUUUUUAUGCAGACUCCUAUGCACUAUACCUUGUCCCCACUAAGUAAGAAUUUGUAAUUGCUGAAAUGUUAACCUAGUGGUGACCUUUGACCCUUUACCAAUGCUACAACUUUUGACGUACAAUACAAAGAGUACCCGUGCCUGCACCUGAUGUUCUGUCGUUGCUGCAGCACAUGAGUAAUAUUAUCACACAUUUAAAGUUGUUGUAUAAUUAAAUUAAGAUUUCAUGCUGGUUGAUUUGGCGACACCUGUGGUUACCGGUGGUAAAAGCAUGUGUGGUUUAGUUCUACAGCAAACAUUCGCUGAGCAGCUACUUUGUCGCCAGUUCAGUGCUUUUAAUAUGAAGCAGCAGCACUAGGACGUGUUGCGUUUGCAUUAGCAGUAACAACCGCAGUUCUGACUGAGCUGUAGGAGAGUGAACAGUGAAUAACUAGGCUGAUAGCGGUGAGAUAAAAUUACAGUCAGUAACGCUGGAUUAUAUGAUAUGUCAUUUCUCAAUCAAUCUAACAGUGUAAAUCCACCUUCCUGCAACUCUAAAGAUAAUGAAUAAACAAUAAAUGAUUAUAUUCUAUUUGUUUAAUCUGUACGUAAACAAAGUGUAAUAACAACAAAAUGUCGUUACACGGGUCUUGCAGAUCAUGAGAGUCGUGCCAGUCCGCUCAUCCAAUGCUAUCUCUCAGCAUGAAACUUUAUGAGGGCAUUUCCCAAAAUGUCAAAUCUUUUCUUUAAAGAGAUAAUAUGAUCAUACCUCUGCCUUCUACAACCAAGAAAUGGCAGAGGGACGUUAAGAAGUGGCCUCAGAUAGCAGAAUCACUAAGUUAGCUUAGCGUUAGCCUAGUGAUGUGGUGAUGCAGGACUCUGAGGCUCUGAUGUGGUUCUAUGUCUGCUUUGAGACAGACAAGGUUCAGUUCCCCCUCCUUCAAUAAAACGCAUUUGUGCGGAGCCAAACUAGGGUCAGCUGAGAAAAAUGAGCCACGUGUAAAGCUGCACUCUGGGUUUCCAAAUCUGUGCGCACGGUUUAUAAACCCUGCUCACGGUGUUGAAAAACAUGCGCAGGGAUUUGCGUACGGCUUUCUUCUUCAGGUUUUGGAGUGAAAAUACAACGUGAAACGUCCAAAGCCAAUUGCAAUAUAGCAUGAAAUCUACCCUUAAAUCUAGAUAACUUGGACUUACUUGUCGGAUGCGGGCACUAAGGGAGUAUCAGCCUCACAAUUUUUUCAGAUUGUUCAUCACUUCACCAUCAGUAGCAACAGAACCAAUAAAAUAGCUAGCUAAAUAAGCUACUGAAUGUUAUCCGAGGUCCCCUUUCCAAGUCUUCCUCUCAUCCCUCGGUAGAAGAAGGCAGAAGUGAUCACAUUGUCCCUUUCAAGAUGUGACAGGCUGUGUUCCCACAUCAUGUGCUUCUCCAGAAUCUCUGAGAAAAGGGAGGACACCUGUAGCAAGCUGCUAACUCUCACAGCGGCCUGUAUAUCGAAGGGAAUAACCAGAAGCUGGCAUCAUGGAGUUAGGAAUAAGGUGCAUAGAGAGGUAAUUACUGAAUGUAAAUAUACUGAAUGGCUAUUGAUGGAAAAAUGCCGACCAUAAAUAGUAACAAAAACUUGGUUUGAUUUAAAGAAAAUCUUAAGGAUAUCGUUAAAGCUUCAAAAGUAAAAUUGCACACUAGUAAAAUACAGACUCGUUUACAAAUGACACCUUUCCCUGAGUGACAAAAGUCAAUGUGGACAAACUAAGCCAGCAGUAUUUAGUCUCUUCAGGCAAUCUCAUCAGGAAACAAGAUUAAGUAUUUCCCAAGAAGAGUGUCACAGGAAUACAUGCAGCUGUUAUUCUACAUGGUAAAUUAUAUGGUAAAGUUCAGCACCUUCAGUAUCAUGUAUCAUAACCUUAGGGUUUUGAGGGGUUAACAUGUUUCCUCCCAGAAUGAGGACGUGUCUGUCAUCCGGGAUCAAGCACUGCUCUGGCCUGGAGCGAGGCACCUCAUCCAUAUUUCUGCUCUCAAGGUUGUAAAAGAUGUCCAGAAAACAGGCUUAACUGCCAGAUAAAGGAGCACGCAUAAAGUUAUGUAGCUUAGCCCCUCAAGAAAAGUUAAGCAGAGUUUCACGUUUGGGUCACCUGAUCAUUCAAAGGGGUGACUUUAUUUGAAAAAUAUCCAACUAAGUGUAUUUAUUUUGUUUGGUUUCCAUGGAUGGCAGUUGUAGCUGUAAUUAUUUUAUUCUUUAAUUUUCAUGACUUUAUCUUGGCUGCAGGUAAACAAGUUACCAAAACAUCGUGCAAUAGCAUGACAGUGAAUGCUUCAAAGACUGCCAUGUCACAAAUAAUGGAGGACUUCCUCAGAUGUAGUAUUUGUGAUUACACUGUUUGCUGUUCAGAUAAUGCACUGUACAAGUUCUGUCAUGUUUAAAGUCUCUUGUUUCCUUCCAGUCUUUAUUUGUGUAACUGUUAACAGCAUCGCUUCUCCUAAUACCAGGAUGUAGGAUAAAUAUGGGCCAGUGUUUGUGUGCAGAUGUUCAUUCAGGAGACAGGAGGGAGUGUGGAUGUGUUGUUGUGCAUGAUCCAUCCCUGUCCUCGGAUGCUCCUUUUUUCCUUUAGAGAUCAUUAUGUUUAGCCCUCAAGGUACUACAUCUUAA